CAAAGACGCGCCGUCAACAAAGCCGCUCGUUAUGGCCAAACCCGCAAAGAAGGCCGCUGCUGCCGGCACACAACCAAUCACAGCUUUCUUCCAACCACGACUAUCGCGCGACGCGUCGUCUUCGUCGUCUGGGACGGCGAGCGCAGCUUCGAUCUCAAAGGCGGCACCGCGGCUCAGGAGCGCCACGAACGCGCCCAAGGAAAGCGCACCUACCAAAUCCACUUCAAACUCAUGCGCAAGUAGCAGCGCCCUCUCCCCCACCCGCUCCUCGCCCAGUGGCCGGACACGAUCCAGCUCUAUUCCAGACGCGUCGAACAUGUCUACACCACGCAGGUCAACGCGCAUACAAACACUUGCCGCCACUCAAUCGCCUUCUUGCUCAUCGACGCCACCGUUGAGGGGCAAACCUCGAUCGAACACCCUCAAGCGCAAGCAGGACGAUGUUGAUCCCGAGAACGAGUCCGUUGUCAUCAUACACAAAGCGCCACGCAGGCCAGCUCCUUCUACCUCUGCGUCCACUUCACGAGGUGGCCCCUUCCUCGCGAAGGAAAAUAUCGCAGAACAGGGGGAAGUCAGGGUGAAUAAGAAGCCGCGCCUCUCAGACCUGGAGCCCCCGCGCACGCCAGCCCAACUAGCCAUUCCUAGCAGCCAGUCAGAUGAGCUGAACGCGUCGGCAAAGCGCCUCCAGUGGCAGCGUCCCUCCGCCCCUUCCGUCGAUCAGGGUGGGGAUUAUAGCAUGAACACCGUCGAAGACCCGACCGCCUCAUCACCACUCACUGGACCAGCCGACAGUCUUUAUGCCCGGUCGUCGUCCCCGUUGACCAGCGUGACCACACCGUCAUCAGAUGUGGCUGAACCGACUCCCUGCGAGGACGUGAAUGCUCUGGCGGAUGCGGUGGCUGCCCGCGUCAAGGCCAGAUUGGACGCAAUUCCCUCAAGCCCUGAAUCGCGCCUAUCGGAUCUUCCUGAUAUUAUGGAUAGUGAUGAUGAGUUCGACCUCCUGCCUGCAGUCCCUGUAGUCAAACCUGCACCACCAGCGCCUGCCGCACGGCAACCAUCUCCAGAGCAUGCCCGUCCCCAGCGUGCGCGCAAGCAAGCGACACGUCUCCCGCAGACGGUUGUUGCGCAAGCGGGGCCAUCCAAGCCGCGUGCCACAAAGGCUUCGAACCCCAUCGACUUCCUGCUAAAGGAAAAGGCUCGGGCGGACAAGAACAGCCGCGGCUCGGAGGCCCUCCUCCGCGCGGAGCGUAUCGCCAACAGGCAGAACUUGAUGGACGAGCUCGACGAGGACGAGGAUGACGAUGACUGGCGCGCUGACGUGAAGGCCGGCAGCAAGCAUCACCAAUGGCGCAUGUCGAGCCCAGUGUCAGUGGACCCGGAUGAUGAUCUGGAGGCUGCGGAAGUGGUCGAGGCGGUGGACGUGGUGCAGCGGAUGCAGGUGUUCGACGAGAAGACGGGGCAGGCGAUCAAGGACAUCGUGCAGCAAGACCACUCGAAGACGGAUGUAGAGGCCAAUCGGGUGGCGGGUAUACCGCUUUGGAGGGAGGACUCGAAGGAGAAGGCCAUGGAAGUGGACUUCGUGUGGCCGACAGUGGCGGGUGUUCAGGAGCAGCCGCUUCUGCGGGCCGUCGCGGAUGCCAUCCGGGACGAGGAUCCCAGCACGCUGGCUCUGUACCUCGGUACUGGCUUCCUCGCGACGCUGGACCUCUCAAGCAGCGACUCCAUUGUCUCGGCCCUCUGCACCCUCGCCCUCGAUACCCGUUCUGGGGUAUCGUCGCCCGCUGUCCGCGCGCUGCUGGAUAUCUGGGGUUCGCCCGACUGCAAGGCCACUGUCGGCAUCAGCCUCGACAGUGCCGUGUCCGCCCUCUUCCGCCUCAAUGCCAACCCGACCGUGCUCGAGGCAGCUGGCUUCGCGAAGGAAGGUGUCGCGCCCAUCCCCGCGGACGCUGAACUGCGCGCAGAGACUCUGUCCGUUGUCCUCGAUCUACUCGUUGCAUCGGCGAAUGCACGCCUCGUCCCAGAGGGCGACGUCGGCAACUGGCUCAUGCUCCUCAUCUUAUUGGGCAUGGCACGCGAGCCGUCUUGUCAUAUGGACGGACGGAUAGUCCUAGCAAUCGACGCGCUGCUGAUGACGCUGGGACCAUCGGAGGUGGAGAUGCCUAUCGAGACCGCAAUCUGCAACAGACUCCUACCUUUCGCCUUCGAAUUGACGCCUGUCAACAAGGCCAUGCUGGCCUCGCUUCUUGCCGCCGGUUCCGUGCGCGCGCGCCGUAUGGCGUCCGCCAUUGCCUUCGCGCUCCUCAAUGACCGGCAAUUCGUCGAGAACACCCGCCUCCCAUCCGGCUGGGCCGUCUGUCGUCUGCUCGCCCCCCUUGACGAUGCGCCAGCGGAACUCGCGCAGCGGUUCGAGGUAUCGAAGGACACGAACACGAACUACGAGGAUCUUGCGGGGCACGUGCAGCUGUUGGCUAUCGUGCUACUGGACGCGCACGCGUUCGCGCUGCAGGAGUUGGUGAAGUACGGCCCGAGGCUGCAGAGGAAGACGGACAAGAAGGACCAGGAGGAGCCGACGCCGCUGAUGCUGGUGCAGGAGCAGGCGCAGAGGCUGCAUGAGGCGAUACCCGACACUCGGGCUGCGCAUCUAGACCGGACGCGCGCGAAGCUGGCGCUGAAGCAGCUGUGGUCGCGUAUCUACUACCAGCGCGAGGCGGUCGUGCGUGCGCACAUCGCGGAGCACUCGAACGUGAAGAACCUGCUCAUGAAGCAGGGGAUCAAGCCGCGGGCGAAGGGGGCUGCGGUCAAGUUCGCGCCGAAAUAGGGGGCUUGCGAGCACGGCCUUGUGUGAGGCACGCUCAUCAUACCAAGGUACCUACAUGCAUGGGUACCCAAAUUGUAGAAGUCUUUGAAGCGCUUCGACUUACAGUAAGUAUACGUUCCAGUUAGCUAAUUUCUCUUUUCUUUUUUCUUGAUUCUCCGCCGCGCUGUAGGCAUGCUUGUUUUUAUCACUGUUCUCCCGACGCAUCAUGAGCUCUCUCGAGGGCUGGCUACUUACGCAUUCGAUCAGGUAGAGAAGACAAGGCUUGGACUUGCCCACCAUACCGUAUACCAUACGUACACAGCUACUUAGUUUGUAACCUCUUGGCCGAAUGUUGGCGUAUUGAUUCUUGUGUUUUUCGCC